AUGUAUAUCCGACACUCACAUCUCAGAAACCUGAAGGAGUACCAAUACUCCGGCGUUGAUCACUCUUUGGUUUCACGAUACAUACUCAAGCCGUUUUACACGAAUGUUUUCAUACACGUGUUCCCAAUGUGGAUGGCGCCGAAUCUUGUUACGCUGUCGGGAUUCUCGUUUGUGAUUAUUAAUUUGCUCACGCUGUUAUGGUACAAUCCAACGCUUGAUAAGGAUUGUCCUGGAUGGGUCUACAUGAGCUGGGCCAUUGGACUAUUCUUGUACCAGACUUUCGAUGCCUGCGAUGGAGCGCAAGCCAGGAGAACAAGGCAGAGUGGUCCGUUGGGAGAGUUGUUUGAUCAUGGCGUUGACGCAAUGAACACGACACUUGAGGUGGUCAUCUUUGCUGGCGUUAUGAACCUUGGGCAGUCUUGGGCUACAUUGGCUACAUUGUUCGCGUCUCUUUGCGCGUUUUACUUGACCACUUGGGAGGAAUACCACACUGGCACCCUCUACUUAGGCAUUGUAUCUGGUCCUGUCGAGGGCGUCCUGACAUUAUGUGCUCUCUACGCGACAACGGCCUUUGUUGGUGGAAGCUUCUGGCAAAAGCCUAUGCUGGAGACUCUUGGGCUUCCGAGACCGGGAUUCUUGCCCGAGGUUUUGAGGGACAUGCAGUUCAACCACUGGUAUCUUGUCUAUGGAGGGAUCAUGCUUUCUUUCAAUAUUAUUCAAAGUUCUCAAAAUGUCAUUCGCGCUCGCCGUGCAAAGGGCCGUAGUAUCUUCCCUGCGCUUGCUGGUCUUGCACCAUUCUUCCUGACCUGGGUGAUGAUUCCUGCUUGGUGUUAUCUCCGCCCCGAAAUUCGCACGGAGCAUCUUGUCCCAUUCAUCUUUUUCAUUGGGGCCACGUUUGCCUACCAAGUUGGUCUUAUCAUUGUCGCGCAUCUCACAAAGAGCGCGUAUCCAUACCUCAACAUCCUUUCGUUGCCUAUUCUUGCCGGAACCCUUGACGCAUUGGGCCCAUUCCUGCAGGAGAAGUUUGGAAAAGAUGUACUUGGAUGGCCGAGCGUCUUGGGGGGUGGUCCAUACGCGGUGGCUUAUGUUUUCGGCUGUCUUGGAUUGAGCGUUGGCGUUUAUGGCAGUUUUGUGGUCGAUGUGAUUACAAACAUCUGCGAAUACCUCGACAUCUGGUGUUUGACGAUCAAACACCCCUUUGACCCACGAGAGGACAAGCCUUUGAAGGCGCAUUAG